UCAGCCUCUCACUGUGGCGAGAUCCCUCAGCAACAGAUUUCAAGACCAACACAAGCUCAGUCCUAGAAGGAAUCAUACAGUCUUUAAUGAACAAUUUAGUCCCAGAGUCCUGUAAUUGGGAAUAUCCUGAAAGAAAACUUGAUGCUGCUAGAGCAGUGUAAAAUGAUUGUUGGCCUUGAAUUAGGAUCUAACACUGAAGAGGGGUUUCUUCUGCAAAUGAUAGGAGUGUUAAAUGAGAUACCACAGGGAACUGAUAAUUCUAGGAACCUUUCAUUCGUGAAUCUUGGUCCCCAGCCGGAUAUUAGUCAGUAGAGGACCUAAGCAGCCGCACACGUUGGCCGAGGGGAGUGGGGGUGGGAUUGGCCUAAGUACCACGAAGGAUUCAUCCCGGAAGUAGUUAUUGGCCGUCUCCAUGCGCCGGUUCCUGGACCUCGUAGAGCCAAGGCGCGAGGCUCGGACAGGCAGGUAGAGCUGGAGGGACUCUAAGCGCCCUCCUCCUGGGACGCGAGCCGCUGCGCCCGUGGGGCUGGCGCCGGCGUCAUCAUGCUGCUCCUGCCAAGCGCUGCAGACGGCCAGGGCACCGCCAUCACCCACGCUCUGACCUCUGCCUCAACACUCUGUCAAGUUGAACCUGUGGGAAGAUGGUUUGAAGCUUUUGUUAAGAGGAGAAACAGAAAUGCUUCUGCCUCUUUUCAGGAACUGGAGGAUAAGAAAGAGUUAUCAGAAGAAUCGGAAGAUGAAGAAUUGCAGUUAGAAGAGUUUCCCAUGCUGAAAACACUUGAUCCCAAAGACUGGAAGAACCAAGAUCAUUAUGCAGUACUUGGACUUGGCCAUGUGAGAUACAAAGCUACACAGAGACAGAUUAAAGCAGCUCAUAAAGCAAUGGUUUUAAAACAUCACCCGGACAAACGGAAAGCAGCCGGUGAACCAAUAAAAGAAGGAGAUAAUGACUACUUCACUUGCAUAACUAAAGCUUAUGAAAUGUUAUCUGAUCCAGUGAAAAGACGAGCGUUUAACAGUGUAGAUCCUACUUUUGAUAACUCAGUUCCUUCUAAAAGUGAAGCAAAGGACAAUUUCUUCGAAGUGUUUUCCCCAGUGUUUGAAAGGAAUUCCCGGUGGUCAAAUAAAAAAAAUGUCCCUAAACUUGGUGAUAUGAAUUCAUCAUUUGAAGAUGUAGAUGCAUUUUAUUCAUUCUGGUAUAAUUUUGAUUCUUGGAGAGAAUUUUCUUAUUUAGAUGAAGAAGAAAAAGAAAAAGCAGAAUGUCGUGACGAAAGGAGAUGGAUUGAAAAGCAGAACAGAGCAACAAGGGCCCAAAGGAAAAAAGAAGAAAUGAACAGAAUAAGAACAUUAGUUGAUAAUGCAUAUAGCUGUGACCCAAGGAUAAAAAAAUUUAAGGAAGAGGAAAAAGCCAAGAAAGAAGCAGAAAAGAAAGCAAAAGCAGACGCAAAACGAAAGGAGCAAGAGGCUAAAGAGAAACAAAGACAAGCUGAAUUAGAAGCUGCUCGGUUAGCAAAGGAGAAAGAAGAAGAGGAAGUUAGACAACAAGCAUUAUUGGCAAAGAAGGAGAAAGAUAUCCAGAAAAAAGCCAUUAAGAAAGAAAGGCAAAAACUUCGAAACUCAUGCAAGACUUGGAAUCACUUUUCUGACAGUGAGGCAGAACGUGUUAAAAUGAUGGAAGAAGUGGAAAAACUUUGUGAUCGGCUUGAAUUAGCAAGUUUACAGUGCUUGAAUGAAACACUUACAUCGUCUACUAAAGAAGUAGGAAAGGCUGCUCUGGAAAAACAGAUAGAAGAAAUAAAUGAGCAAAUUAGAAAGGAGAAAGAGGAAGCUGAGGCUCGUAUGCGCCAAGCAUCUAAGAAUGCAGAGAAGUCAGCUGGCGGAAGCGGAAACGGAAGUAAACACUGGUCAGAAGAUGAUCUGCAGUUACUCAUUAAAGCUGUGAAUCUCUUCCCUGCUGGAACAAAUUCCAGAUGGGAAGUUAUUGCUAAUUACAUGAAUAUACAUUCUUCUUCUGGAGUUAAAAGAACCGCCAAAGAUGUUAUUGGCAAAGCAAAGAGCCUUCAAAAACUUGACCCUCAUCAGAAGGAUGACAUAAAUAAAAAGGCUUUUGAUAAAUUUAAGAAAGAACAUGGCGUGGUGCCUCAGGCAGACAAUGCAACACCUUCAGAACGAUUUGAAGGUCCAUGCACAGAUUUCACCCCUUGGACAACAGAAGAACAGAAGCUUUUGGAACAAGCUUUGAAAACAUACCCAGUAAAUACACCUGAAAGAUGGGAAAAAAUAGCAGAAGCAGUGCCUGGCAGGACAAAGAAGGACUGCAUGAAACGAUACAAGGAACUGGUUGAAAUGGUAAAAGCAAAGAAAGCUGCUCAAGAGCAAGUGCUGAAUGCAAGUAGAGGCAAGAAAUGACUAUGACAAUCUUUGUUGUGUAUGCAUUUUUAUAAUAAAACUGAAAAUACUAUACGAAUUUUCAUUCUUAAAA